AUGGACAUCUUGACCACGGCCCUGGCGCUCGUCCCCGCCCUGCCGUUCGUCCCCUUCCCCUGGGAGAGGGCGCGCUCGUACGCCGUGGUGCCCGCGCCCCUGGGACUGCGGCGGGGGCCCCUGGCGGCGUGGGCGGGCGAGAUGAGCCCCGCGGCUUGUUGGAGCACGCACGCCGCCAUCCUCGCUGUGGCCACGGGGAUGUGCCUGCUGAGACGCCGAGGCCCGCUCUCCUGCGACGCCACCAAGGCCCUCAGCAAGCCCCUCCCGAGCGGGCUGCGCUUGCUGCAGCGGCCCGUCCUGGGGUGCUGGCUGCUGGUGGGGGUCGUCCUCCUAGCCUCGUACCAGGGCCGCCUCCUCAGCAGCGCCAACGACCGCGACUCCGUCGGAGACAUCAAGUGCGUCGGGCAGCUCGCCGACAGCAACCUGACCAUCCUCCUGCCGAACCCAGUGAGCAACGUGCUCUUCCUGCUGCGGGAGUGGCGGCUGGCCGGAAGAGUGCGGUACACGGAGCCCGAGGGCCUCUCGCUGGCCGACGUCCUGAGGCACAUCGGCGCGGUGCGGGACGCCGCCACGCUCGUGACGCAAGCGUCCGUAGAGAAUCUGCCACCGCUUCAAAUGCAAAGGGCCCGCGUGCGCCUGUUCCUGCUGCCGCAGAGCAUGGACGCCACCGACCACGUCGUCAUGCGGGGGUGGCCGUUCGAGGCGUCGUUCCGGAGAUUCCUCGGGCGAUGGCGCGCCGCUGGGUUGUACUCCAAGUUCAGCUUCAGGGAGACCAGUGGACUGGCCCACCAAGCCGCAAGGCCGCAAGUGCCACGAACCUCUUUCGAGCCCCUCAGGCUAAAGCAAGUUCAGCCAGUGGUCCGCGUCCUCCUGACGGGCUGCCUCAGCUCUUGUCUGGUCCUGGUUGUCGAAUUAUUCGUCUCUUUCACUGUCUCCGCUACACAGGACUCGAUGGGGCGUUCAAAUCACAUCUCGAACGGAAGAAAUUAA